AUGUUGACUAUUCGUCCACUGAUGAAGCCAUUGCUGCUUCCAGCAGCGAACCGCGGUGCUGAAAUACUUCGUUCGAAAACAUCUCUUCCCGUGGUGGACGUAGACAAACCAGCGCAACUUCCCUACUCACCCUUCGGCAGUAAGCAAUCGAGCCUGGGAGAGUGGACUGUGGCGCGGCUGGACGAUUUGAUGAACUGGGGUCGCAAAGGCUCCAUGUGGCCACUGUCGUUCGGUUUGGCGUGCUGCGCCGUCGAGAUGUUUCAAUUCGCCGCCCCGCGUUAUGAUGCAGAUCGGUUUGGGAUGCUUUACCGGGCCUCGCCCCGGCAAGCGGAUGUGAUCAUCGUCGCCGGAACACUGACGAACAAAAUGGCACCGGCCUUGCGGAAGUUGUACGAUCAAAUGCCCGAACCAAGGUGGGUGGUAUCGAUGGGCAGCUGUGCGAAUGGCGGUGGCUACUACCAUUACUCUUACUCGGUUGUGCGAGGCUGCAACCGUAUCAUUCCGGUUGAUAUUUACGUGCCAGGAUGUCCUCCAACUGCGGAGGCUCUGUUGUAUGGGCUUUUACAACUUCAGAAGAAAGUCAAACGUAUGCGGACCGUGCAGAUGUGGUAUCGGAAAUAG